AUGAGUACAGAGUUAAAGGCAGAUAAAUGUGCUAUAAACUAUACAAAUUCAUAUUUGAAAUCUUUACAAAGAAGUUUGACUGUACGCACAGAUGAUACUAUUGUACUAUGUCUUACCGCAUUAACUUCCUUUGUAUAUUUCUUUCUUUUGAUUAGUUUUACAGAUUUAUAUUUAAUCCCUAAAUAUCAUUCCACUACAAUGACUGAUUAUAUUAUUUUAAAUCUUUAUUUAGCAUCAGCAUUUCAAGCAAGUUUUCUUAAUUGGAUAUAUCAUAUGUUUAAAUCACAUUCUUCAAAGAAGGCCACACAAUGGAAAAAUAUUAAUCUGUAUGGUAUGGUAACUUAUUUAGUAUCAUCAGCCAUUAGUUUAUUAUAUUAUGGAUUUUAUGAUAAUGUAUUUUAUUUCAAAUUAUUAACUAUUUCAACUUUUUUAUUAAAUUUAAUAAUGGUAAUUUUAAUUAAUUUACAUGAUGAUAAACAUCAAACACAAUCAUAUCGUUUGUUAUUAGCAAUUUUUAUUACAGUCUUGAUUGUAAUGCCAUUAUCUGUAUCGUAUUGGCAAUUUGGUAUUCAAAAGAUUCAGACUAAGAUUGAUUUCCCAUUAUUAUUAAUUGAAAUAAUAGGAUAUAUUAUUAGUGGAGUUUUAUACAUUAAUCGAGUUCCAGAAAGAUUAGGUUUAUCGAGAUCCUGUGUUACUGCAGGUUAUUAUACUGUAAUUAUUAUUACAAGUUUUAUCCAUUUUAAAGUUUUGUUGAAUUCUUUCGUAAUGAUGCGCAUCGGCUUAAAUAAACCAACUUUAAUAAAUUUUGAUUCCUAG